AUGUCAUUUACUAGCGUUCUGAGUAUUCUGACGAACCCACGAGCUACCAUUAAACCCAAAGUCGACCCUCUGCGAUUCACAAUCACGUACGAUCCUCGAUCGCGUCGAAAUGAUGACGGCUUCGGCUCCUCCUACAUCGCCCACUUCGCCAACACACCGCAAGAGACGGUCGCUGAGGAUACAGAGCGCCAGCCUGAUCGCACAGGACACUGUGGCUUCGUCUCCAUACACGAAUUCGACGACACCCUUGUCCCGACGGACUUCGCGAACGUCCCAGACCACAUAUCAGCCGCAGUCGCCAGAGACGGGCUGGGAAACCUUGCGGACGAGUUGGGUGAGGUCUGGGACGACGAGGAAGACACUAGGGGCGAGUCAUUGCUUGACGAUCUACGAGAAGGAGAUGCGUCCCUCCAAAGUCCUACGGAAAUGAACGACAUGCUUGAUUUCGGCUUCGGUGGUGUCCAUUCACCACUUACUCAUGAGGAAACGGCGCUGUCGCCUGUAAUGUCGAAUUCUCUGAAGCCGCCGAAACGACGACAAAGUCAUAGGAGGACGGACUCGGCCUACGAUGGUAGUGACUACGGGCCCGACUCCGACUACGAAGAGCAAACAGAGGGAUUCCCACCAUUACUCCGGAAACAAGUCCGCGAAAUUGAGAAGCUGUCCCGCUCAGCCCAAAAUCCAGAUGACGCCCUCUCAGAAGGUGGCGGCGUUAUCAAACGCACAAUCGCGGCGCUACGCGACCUUGGCCCGCCACAAAGCAACAUCGAGUACGGCGUCACGCGCAUGGUCACCGGGUACACCUCCAUGGCAACCCACCGCACCCACAAGCAGCGCGACAUCUUCACUCAAAGCCAUUCGCUUCUCUACAGCAACUCAGCUAUGUACCUGCCGGAGGAGCUCAUUGACGAGUUGAUAGCUUCAAUUGAAGCCCUUGUCACCACUGUCCCCGUCCAACAACCCAAUCUGAACCCCCUCCUAUCCCUGCAAAUCCUCGCCAGCCAGACUAGCGACCUCACCCAGACACUGCAGAAUCUCACAGACCUGCUGCAAGAGAACAAAGUCGCCGCGAACGCCGCGACAAGGAAGCUCAAAAGUGUAAAGGACAUGGUGGCGGAGAUGCGGGUCGAGGAGGAUUUGGUGGAGAACAGCAUCAUGCUGAUCUCGGCGUAUGAUUUCGACCGAAGGCUGCGGGAACGGCAGGCGGCGAAGACAUGUCGGGAGGUGGUGAGUGGUUUUGCGGAGAGGUGGGGACUGGAAUGUCCGGCUGAGGUGGGCGUGGCUGUGUAG